UAUUAUUAUGGAUACUUACCUUAUAAAUACAUAAUUACAUUCUGAUUAUUCCUACAUCCAAUAAUUAGCACUGUUAUUAGUAAACUGUAAUUAUUUUGAAUCCUAAAAUGUAAUUAAUCAAUAAUUGACUCUCGAUGGUGAAAUGUAUAAAGAGGGUAGAAGAUUAUAAAAUUCGAUAUACUUUAUUCAACUGUUGAUUAGGGCGUUACUCUGCGCAUUAAAUAUUGUGUAUUGAUCUCCAUCUUGGUGUUUUAUUGUGCAAGACUUACGAGUGCAUCAGUUGUGUUUACUUGUCCAAGACCCACGAACAUAACAGUUUCAGAAGUGGGAUCUGCUCACAAUGUCUGGACCAUAUAUUGAUGGUUUAGGGCAACGUAAACGAAAGCGCAGCAAGUCAAGCAGCUCGGAAGACGAAAAUACCGAUAAUUUUUUCUUAGAAGACCGUCGCCCGAGCAAAUCUUGCAACAAAAAAAGGCACGUGGCCCCCAGCGAUGCCGAAGUCAUUCCCAAAUUUCGUCCGGAAGACAGCAACAGCAACGUGAUUGCGUGGCUUCACAAAAUAGACCAGCUUGGUGACGUGUACGGGUGGGACCACACUGAUCGCACAUUCAUAAUGCAACUUCGGCUACGUGGCUCCGCUCGAGAAUGGUAUGACGAUCUCGAAGACUAUGACCUGACAUGGGACGAGUGGAAGGAGAUGUUACGGACCGCUUUCCCACGAUCUACUGACUACGUGGAUAAAUUGGAACGCAUGCUGGGAAGGACUAAAGACGAUAAAGAGACUAUGACGAAAUACUAUCACGAAAAAUUAUCAUUACUAAAGAAAUGCAACAUUACCGGUGAGGAUGCUAUUUCGUGUAUAAUUCGGGGACUGCCCCCUGAAUUGAUAGCCAACGCUAAAGCUUAUAGUUGCGACACACCCGAACAACUAUAUUAUGGCUACCUUUCAUCCCUGGAAAAUUUCAAAAGAGUGGAAACCUAUACAACCCGGAAGUCUGUGUGGAAAAGAGGAACCAGCAAUAGUACACCAGGUUCAACGACAACGCGCCAGCUGCAGCCAAAGAUAUGUUAUACGUGCCGACGGCCGGGCCAUGAGGCACGGGACUGCAGGCAACAGCAACACUGUGACAACUGUCGACGCAGCGGCCACACUACGGCGGCUUGCUGGUUUGGCGCCGGGAGUGCCGGGACAUCACGACUCCAACAACAUAAGGUUAGUCAAAUAUUACACAUCACCUAUGAUAUUUAUGCUGAUAUCUACAAAAGAAUUGUGUUAGUGAAUGGACAACCGCUCAAAGCAUAUAUAGACACUGGCAGUCCGUAUAGAAUAUGUAAAGCGGAUCGCUCUCUUGACCGAUACACAAUCACAACCAUAAAGGGCAUGAAAGGUUACAAAAGGUUCAAUGCCAUAGUACGUGGAGAGACUCUGCGGCCAUACAAACCAACUAUGUCAGAGGAUGAUAGUUCAGGCAGUGACCAAGAUGUAGAUAGGGACGAUUUGAUCGAUCUUCUAGAAAGUUGA